AUGGCUUUCAUCGACCUUUCGACCCUUGUGGGAGAGUGGGCCGACUCUGAGGGCAACGAUGUGCACGCGUCGUUCGGGCGGUCGGGACUUCUGGUCAGCAUGUCUGGGCCUCGACUCGACGGCGAGGAGUCCGCCAUGGUGGUCCGGAAGGCGGGACCUUUCGCGUGCUCUUUCCACCUUGGGCACUACGAGCUGAGCCAGGAGGAAAGCACCCAUGCCAGUGUUGUAUGGCGAGACUCGCGGGGGAGCGACAACAUCACAGUAUGGACGCGGAGAAACUGCGCACCCGAGAACACGGCCGAGGCACCACCCCCGCCACCAGGCAUGCCGCACGCGCCAGCACGGCCUGUGGCCCUGCCACAGGCCAGCGCUCGCGGCGACCGUUGGUCCCAGGUGCUCAGCGAGUUCGCAGCGGCGCGCGGGGAGGCCGCCGCCGCUCCAGAGCCGCGGGGCGCCGCCGCGGCAGGCGAGGAGCCCUGGUCCGACGUGCUGGACCUGCUGGCGGCCGCCGCGGGGUGCGGCGAGGCAGCGGAGGCCGCUGGCAGCGAGGGCGGGCCGGCCGCCGGCAGCGGCGGAGGCGACGGCGCGCAGGCGGGCGAGCUCUUCUCGCCUUUCGGCCUGCAGCCGCGGGUGGCCCCCAAGGCGGCGCCGGCCAGUCAGGCCGUGCGCGGGCAGGUGCUGCAGGAGACUAUCGCGAGGCUGCUGCGCGAGAAGCAGAGCUCCUCCGGGCCCCGCUCGCGGGCGCAGGACGCCGCGCAGGCCAGCGGCGGGACCCCCCGCUGGGCGCCCGCCCGCGCGGAGCACCGGGCCGCGGGGCAAGCAGCGGGGGCGCCCGUUGGAGCCUCCCCCCAGCGGCCGUCGGGGCCGGUGCCCUGGAGACGUCUGGAGCCCCAGGCGGCCCAGGCGACGUCGAGCACCGAGGCCCCCAUCGAGAAGUUCAUACGCGUCUUCGCCUUGGACGAGCUGGCGGCCAAGAGCCUGCGGGCGCUCGAGGACGACGAGGCGGCGUUCCUGAUCGAGUCUGUGCAGGGCAGGCUGCAGCACGCCAAGAACCCGUCUGCCGUCACGAUGAGCGCGAUUAGGAACGUGGCGUCCAAGGUAGGGAGGCGGUACUGGGGCAACCGCGAGACCGGAGACGUGCAGUCCACGCCCCCGAACAGGCCCGACGGCGUGGAGGGGGGCCAGCUGCAGAUGUUCCUCGGCUCCCCCCCCGCAUCGCCGGAGGCCUUCCCAGACACGUCCGCCGAGGCGGUGCCGCACACACCUGUCGCCACAGACCCGUACUUGGCAGCGGCUGACCCGUACCAGGAGCUUGAGUCCCCGGUGGUCGUGGAUCUGGUCGAUGACGAUGACGGAGAUGGCGCCCAUCUUGAGGGCUCUGCCGCUGAAUGUGCAGAAGACGAAAAUCAACUUGCUCCUGAGCAGGCUCCGGCCAGCUCAAAGAGGCGGCGAGUUGAAGGCGUCGCUUUCGAGACGACGGCCGCGUCGCCACUUCUGGAGCAAGAUGAUGCUCACGAAGAGGUAGAGGACGACGAAGAUUCCACGCUGUUCUUCGUGGACACAGGCCCGCCCGGCUGA